CACAGUGCCGCUUCAGUGCUGCUGCAGGAGGAACUAGUUUAGUAGACCAAUAACAUCUCAAAAACUAUUAUGCGAUUAUCCCACUGUGUACAUUUAGGACAUCCUUCAGGUUAUAGUAAGCACGUACGACUGUUCAUGUGAAAGGAUUUCAUCGCUGUACAUCCUUCUUUAGCCUCAGGCCAUCAAGAUCAUGAAUGGAAAGGUGCUGGUAACGGGAGGUGGUGGAUAUAUUGGCAGUCACUGUGUGCUAGAAUUGCUAGAGGCUGGAUACAACCCUGUUGUCAUUGACAACUUCCACAAUGCUAUCCGAGGUGCCCAUAAUAUGCCAGAGAGUUUGCAACGAGUGCAGGAUAUUGUUGGAAAGACAAUUGAAUUUGAGGAGGUGGAUAUGCUAGAUCAUGCUGCUUUGGACAAAUUGUUUAGCAAGCACAAAUUCUCAGCAGUCCUACAUUUUGCUGGGCUAAAGGCAGUUGGGGAAUCAGUAGAGAAACCACUGCUGUAUUAUAAAGUGAACCUGACUGGCACUAUCCAGCUACUAGAGGUAAUGAAUUCUCAUGGAGUGAAGAAUAUAGUGUUCAGCAGUUCUGCUACUGUAUAUGGGGAUCCUAGUUAUUUACCUAUAGAUGAAAGCCAUCCUGUUGGAGGAUGUACCAACCCUUAUGGGAAAACAAAGUAUUUUAUUGAGGAGAUGAUCAAAGACCAAUGUAAAUCUGAGAAGGACUGGUGUGCCAUUCUUCUUAGGUAUUUUAACCCUAUUGGAGCUCAUGUAUCAGGAAGAAUUGGAGAGGAUCCCCAAGGAAUACCAAAUAACUUGAUGCCAUACGUUUCACAGGUGGCAGUGGGACGACGAGAAUUCCUGAAUGUGUUUGGGAAUGAUUACAACACACCAGACGGAACUGGUGUUCGUGAUUAUAUCCAUAUUGUGGAUUUGGCUAAAGGGCACAUUGCAGCUCUUAAAAAGCUAGAGGCCACCAGUGGUUGUAAGGUAUACAACCUGGGUACUGGUACAGGAUAUUCUGUUCUUGAGAUGGUGAAAGCAAUGGAAAAGGCUUCUGGGAAGGAGAUACAAUAUAAAAUAGCCCCAAGGAGAGAAGGUGACAUUGCUACAUGUUAUGCAGAUCCUGCACUGGCCAAAGCAGAGCUAGGCUGGAAAGCAGAAUAUGGGCUAGACAGGAUGUGUGAAGAUCUAUGGCGCUGGCAAUCUCAAAAUCCAACAGGCUUUAGCACAGAGUCCUGAUCAUCUCUUGAAGGAUGUUUUUCCAUAUUCUUUUGGGUGUAGAUAAGCCUUAUUUAUAUUUUAGAUGAAAAAGGAGGGAAUUGAAUGUAUGGCACCAUGUGCUUUUAGAUGGAUUCAAUGAGAUCUCAGGUUCUCCUAUACCCUCUGUACCUGUCAGUGCUAUACUAACCUCAAGUGAUCUACUUCACAGGUGUACACUUUUUAAUGUAUAAGGAGGAAAUUCAAACAUUACUUAAAACCUUCAGCUUUUUAAAGAAUUAAGCUGACAGUGUAUAAUUCAUUGCAUAUAUUUACGGAAUAAAACUUUCUAUUAAAUGGUAACCUCAAAGAAA